AUGUUUGGGGGCGCUGCGGUGUCGCCGUUACUUGGUGCUGCCUUGCUCAAAUUAGAUGGGAAGGGAGGGUUGCAUGGUUGGCAGUGGAUAUUCUUGCUGGGGGGAAUAUGGUCGGUCAUUAUGGCGAUCGCUUUGUUCACGUUACUGCCGGAGAGAGAAGGCGUUGCUAGUGAAUGCUCUGAUGUAGAGUCCGCCUGCAAAUCCCAAUCAUGGAAUGGGUCCACCUCUGAAACAAUUCCUGUCAAGGUGGUAUGGGAAACACUCGCAAACUAUACCAAAUGGCCCCAUUUCCUCGCCACGGCAUGUGUCUUCGCUACCUGGAGCCCACUCACUACGUAUACUCCGACGAUCGUCAUGUCACUGGGGUUCUCUCGCAUCCAGGCAAACGCUCUCGCUGCAAUAGGGAGCUUACUCACUCUACCCGUCAUUGUCUUCUUCGCAUCUCUGAGUGACUGGUCACGCAGACGGGGGAUGAGUGUCAUGCUUGCAAUUGCUGUGUAUCUCGUCGCACUCGUUCUGUUGAGGGUUCUGCAGGCACGGGUCGAUAGAUGGGGACGGUCUGGCCUCUGGACGACUGUUAAUGGGUUGGCGGUCGGGUAUCAUCCUGUUCAUAAUGCUUGGAUUCAGGUUAAUUGCUCGAGUCCGGGGGAGAGAAGUGUCAGUGUGGCUUGUCAUGUCUGCCACGGCUGGGCUCAUGGCCGGGACGCAGAUCUUCCGACAUGA